ACUGUUUUGUCUUACUGUUACUGCUGUUGUUGUGCUAUUGCAGACCAUGCUCUCCUUCAGAACCACUGGGUAUAGUGGGUAUGCUACCAAGUACUCCUGCUUUUUCGACAACAAGAUAGCUGUUGCUACCUCUGCCAACUAUGGUUUGGUUGGAAAUGGGAAACUAUUUGUUCUCUCUAUUGAACCUGAUGGAACUUUGAAGUCUGAUAUCGAGUUUGAGACGCAAGAUGGGUUAUACGAUUUGGCCUGGUCUGAAGUUCAUGAAAACCAUAUUGCUGUUGCCUCUGGCGAUGGGAGCAUUAAAAUUUUUGAUAUCUCUUUAAAUAAUUUCCCCAUAAUGAUGUGGCAAGAACAUAAAAGAGAAGUCUUUUCGAUAUCUUGGGAUUUAGUUGACAAAUUGAAUUUCAGUUCAAGUUCCUGGGAUGGCACAAUAAAAAUUUGGAAUCCAAAUUCCAAAAAAAGUUUAAUGACUCUAUCACCAAUGAAUAUCGAUCAAUCUGUUAAUAUUGAAAGCAAUCCUAAUAAUCUGAACAAUCUAAAAAAAUCCUCGAUACCUUUAUCUAAUUCCAAAAAUGAGUCCAUGGUUAAUACAACAACUCAAGAAUGUAUAUACCAAGUGGUAUUUUCUCCACAUACUCCAAAUAACCUUAUCUCUGUUAAUGCUUCAUCUCAUUUGCAUCUUUGGGAUAUUAGAUCUCCCAAGCCAAAAGUAAUGGAUUUUGUAGCUCAUGGUGGUUUGGAAGCAUUAACUUGCGAUUGGAAUAAAUAUAGACCAACGGUUAUAGCAUCUGCUGGUGUUGAUAAAUCAAUUAAAAUAUGGGAUUUAAGAAUGAUUACCAAUAUAGAUGGAUCGAGUGCUAAUAAUUCAAUUCCAAAUCCAACCAAUCAAAUGUUGGGCCAUGAGUUUGCUAUUCGAAAAAUUAUUUGGUCUCCUCAUAAUGGGAAAAAUAUUUUAUCAUGUUCGUACGAUAUGACUUCAAGAGUAUGGGACGAUAUUACCGAUGAUAAUGCUAAUUAUCAGAGCUCGAGAAGAAUGAAUAGUGCGAACUCAUGUAGAGGGAUAUUUAAUAAUCAUCAAGAAUUUGUUUUGGGUGGUGAUUGGUCACUUUGGGGUAAUCCAGGUUGGGUUGCGACUACUUCUUGGGAUGAAAUGGUUUAUAUAUGGGACACCAAUAGAUUAUAGUAGAUGAGUGUUAU